CCACUCAGUAACCCUGGAGCCUCUCCUCUCCACAAAAUUAUUUUGACCAGACGCGUUGCACUCAUCGCACACUCUGAAGUUCAUCCACAAAUGAGAAUGCAGUUUUGGUCCAAAGCUUUGGAAGGAUGAUAUAAGGUUUUGCAGACUGGAGGAAAUUAAUGACAGGAGCUGCAGUGUAACACGUGGAGGACCACAGAGUGUUGUGGGCAACCUCUCAACUCAUUUUGAUUUAGAUUGCACCUCAGACACAUUUUUUGGAAGGGCUGUAAGAAAAAUGGCUUUUCACAGGCUUAUGAAAUCAACACUUUUCCAAUUUGCCCUUUUACUGUGCCUUAGCGGGUAUCUGUGCCAGAAGGAUUGCACCGGUGUGGAUUGUCCAGUGCUGGACAACUGCAUUGAGGAAGUACUUGAGAAAGGGGCUUGCUGUGCCUCUUGUGUGCAGACUGGGUGCACAUGUGAGGGAUACCAGUAUUACGACUGUGUCAACGCAGGGUUCAGAAAUGGAAAAGUUCCAGAAGGAGAAUCAUACUUUGUAGAUUUUGGAAGCACUGAAUGUUCUUGUCCACAAGGAGGUGGAAGGAUAAGCUGCCACUUCAUCCCUUGUCCUGAUAUUCCCGCUAACUGCAUUGAAGUCUCUGAACCUGCUGAUGGGUGUGUGCAGUGUGAACGGAUCGGGUGCGUCCACAAUGGGCAGAAGUACGAGGCAGGUCAUUCCUUCCACAUGGAGCCGUGUGAGGUCUGCCAUUGUCCAAAUGAAGGGGGAAGCCUGAUGUGCUAUCAUAUCCCUGACUGUGACCCGAGUAACAUUCAGAAACCCAUGUUAGCAGCUACUACAGAGGAGAACACACCAGAAAGACAGUACAAUGACCCAUUUAUCUUUGACCAGGAAGGGUCUAUAGACCGCAUUUCCACACCUUAUCGUCUGACCCACAGUGACACCUUGCCACUUUUCAAACAGGACCCACCGCACAUCGACGAGGAGGAGGACUAUGACUAUCCACCAACCGAACCUGCGAGACUAGCUCUGCACGACUUAGGUCUGCCAACAGAGCCUGCUGUUAUAUCUGUGUCCCACCCUGAAACCACAACACCACAGGAGGGCUUUGAUCAGCCUGAAAAGCAAGAGCUGCGAGAAAUAUUUGGAACUCACGAAGGAGGACCAGAAAAUGAGGUCACCACAGAGCCUCCCCAGACAGUGAAGCAGACCACCCCGAGCCUCCAGGAGGAGAUCACAACCACAUCGGAGACAGUCCUAGAGAGCCAAAUUCACCAGCAGGAAACAGGUGUUGAGGAAGGGAAGAACGGAGAGGAGGAGAAAGUGGUCACUGUAAAGGAUGUGACAGAUGCUACCUCUAAUGGAAAAUACCUGUUGCACGAUGUUGGUCGUGAACAUGAAAAUGGCCAUGACGUUCCCUUGAAGGAGAGCAGCAAGGACUCAGGGAGACAAGAAAAGAAGUCAAGGCCACACAAGCAUCCACACAGGAAACAUGAGCAAAACACAUUCCCCCUAGUGAAGUUCAGCCCAACAACACAGCCACCAGUGAGGAUGAAAGCAGAUGAGGGACAAUCUCCCACAAGACAAUCACAGACCCUCCUUAACUACCAACCAGAGGAAGAGGAGGGACAAAAUGCUCUUGACUCCUUUCCCAAACAGCAUGAGGUUUCUGCAAAGGACCUGGUGGAAACUUGUUGCAACGUUGGUCAGAAGUGGGCAUCAGAUAAUCAACACUGCAAUGAAAUGCCCGCUGCUAAGGAAGACAGACACUCCAUAUGUAGGAUUGCCCAGAAACAGUGCUGCCUGGGGUACCUGAAGGAGAGCCAGUGUCUGGCCGGAAUGAAUGCAGCCAAAGCGGGAGACAGUUGUGAGGGAGGAGACAGCGAUGCCUGCGGGGCAGACUCCUACAAGGAGUGCUGCAGCUGCUGCUCCCUGGGUAUGCAGUUCCGCAGCGAGGGGCAGAGCUGUGAGGCACACCGGCAUCUGGGCUACCCCUGCGGUCAUGUCUUCCUCACCUGCUGCGAGGGGGACGAUGGACAAAGCCCGCCCACUAUAAGGAGGAAGGAAAGGCCCCGCCCCACAGCCCUGCCGAAGAGAGUUUCAGACAGUAAGUUCCCCAACGAGGCCUUCUCCAUUGGCGACCACGGGGAGGCCGAGAAUGCCGUGGAGGAAGCAGAGGAUGUGGACGAGUGUCAGGUGUACGAGGGACAGCUCUGCCACCACCGGUGCAUCAACACUUGGGGUUCAUAUGAGUGUGCCUGCUUCCCUGGCUAUGUGCUCCUUCAGGAUAGGCAUAUCUGUGUUCCAGAAACCCCAGAGGAGGACAACCGAGUGACAGAGGAGAAGCUCCCAACAGCCCAGCCCGACGCACCCCAGGCCCCAGUCCCUACCAUUCAGACUGACAUCCAGCUGAACCCCUGUGAAGGAAAUGACGUUUGCAUGCACCAAUGCACCGUGGAGGAGGGGCAAGCUCGCUGUUCCUGUUUCCCAGGAUUCUCUCUACAGGCAGAUGGACUCUCUUGUGAAGAUGUGAACGAGUGUGUCACUAACACUCACAGUUGCCAGGCCAAUGAGAGAUGCCUCAACACUGUUGGGUCCUUUGUGUGUGAGAGGCAAAUCACUUGCCCCGCAGGGUACCAGUUGAGGGAUGGCGUCUGUGAAGACGUAGAUGAGUGCGUUCUGCAGACUCACAACUGCGGGGUGGGAUUCGAGUGCCAGAACACAGACGGCUCCUUCUACUGCAACCCCAAGCAAAGAUGCUUCACCGGCUUCACUCAGGACACACAUGGCAACUGCAUCGACAUUAACGAGUGCACUAGCCUGGAAGAGCCCUGCAGCUCUGGGUUCAACUGCAUCAACACCGUGGGCUCCUACACCUGCCAGCGCAAGAUCAUCAUGUGCAGUCAUGGUUACCAUGCCAGCCCUGACGGAGCACGCUGUAUCGAUGUGGACGAGUGUCAGACAGGUGUUCACCGCUGUGGAGAGGGGCAGAUCUGUCACAACCUGCCCGGCACCUACCGUUGCGACUGCCAGACAGGCUACCAGUAUGACAUGAUCCGGAGGGUGUGCGUGGAUGUGAAUGAAUGCUGGCGCUACCCAGGGCGGCUGUGCGCCCAAACCUGCGAGAACACUCCGGGCUCCUAUCGGUGCUCCUGCACAGCCGGCUUCACCCUGUCCUAUGACGGCAAGAACUGCGAAGAUAUGAAUGAAUGCAACAAUAACCCCUGCAGUCAGGAAUGUGCCAAUAUAUACGGCUCAUACCAGUGCUACUGCAGACAAGGCUUUUACCUGAAAGAGGACGGACACACCUGUGAAGAUAUCGAUGAGUGUUCCCAGAGCAUCGGGAACCUCUGUGCCUUCCAGUGUGUGAAUGUCCCCGGGAGCUACCAGUGUGCCUGCCCUCCCCACGGCUACACUAUGUCCCCCAACGGACGCACAUGUAGAGACGUAGACGAGUGUGCCAUCGGAGCGCACAACUGCUCCAGCACUGAGACAUGCUACAACAUCCAGGGUAGUUUCAGGUGCCUGUCGUUUGCCUGUCCACCGAACUACAGGAAAGUCUCAGACACACGCUGUGAGCGAAUCAGCUGCCCCAGCUUCCUGGACUGUCAGAACUCUCCCCUGAGAAUCACCUACUACCAGCUGAGCUUCCAGACCAACAUUGUCAUCCCCGCCCAGAUCUUUCGCAUUGGACCCUCCCCCGCCUACUCUGGGGACAACAUCAUCAUCAGCAUCACCAAGGGGAACGAGGAGAACUACUUCAGCACCCGCAAGCUCAACACCUUCACCGGCGCCGUGUACCUGCAGCGCCAGGUCCGUGAGCCCAGAGACUUCCUCAUAGACGUAGAGAUGAAACUGCUCCGGCAGGGAACCUUCACCACCUUCCUGGCCAGAAUCUACGUCUUCAUCACGGCCCAUUCGCUCUAACGCGCUGGCCCAGAGCAGAUUUCACAUGGUGCUAAACUCUGAUUAUACUGCAAUAGUUACUGUGGAAGCCUCUAUUUUCCUUAAGCUUCAGAAUACUGCGAUCUGUAUGAAAUAUUGCCAAAAACCCUAUUGUUACACUUCUCUUGUAAUAGUCCUGCUGUCUGGUGUCUGGGCCACUCUUGUGACAAGGAGACUAGUAGGAGCAUUCUUGUCUUCCGUCUGCAAUAGCUUCACACCAGACCUUAUGUUAAGAACCUACUUAUUUGUCCUCUUGAAUCUCUGCAGUCUGUUGUUUUCUUUUAUCACUAAUGUGUUGCUAUUGGACAAAUCAUUGUACUCUUAUACUCUGACAUUAUGCAAAAGAAUGGAUGUAUAAUAUUUGUAAAGCUGGGUUCCAAAGAAUUCCUUUUAAAGUUAUUUUAAUUCAAAUAUACCAGUUUUGAAACAUUUGAAAUUCAUAUGGUGAGUCCAUGUGAGAUAAAAACAGCACUGAGGACAUUCAUGUUCUGUUUUUCUUUUAUUUUAUUUUUUUGGACUGGGACAGAUGUUAGUGUAUUACUGUGUUAAACUCAUCUCAGGGUAAAAAAAAACAUUAGAAACCAUCCAGUUUUCACGUAAUCCUUUUCCAUUAAACAUUUUCUGUACGACAAACUGACUUCCCAUUUUUCUUGUGGGGACAAAAAAACAAUGGUAUUCUCAGAAUGAAAUAUUUCCACCCUGGGAUCUUCCACCUGCUAUCAGUCAUUUUUAGUGCUGGAACAUGAAGAACAGGUGUAAUGAUGUAGGGCAGGGCUGUGCUUUAUCAAAUCUAAUAGGACGUUUUCUUGUACGUUAAAAAUGAAUGUACAUUUAAUUUGCAUUCGUUGCUGAUACCUAGCAGAAUGUUAAUUGCAUUUCUUUUUUUGAUUUCAGUCCUCUUUUGAGAAAAUGGAAGUAAGCAAAAAUAGCAUUUCUAGAAUAUCUCCUACUGUAGGUAAACCAGUAUAAUAUUUUGCUCAUAAAAAAAUCAACCUAUGACUCAACAAUAAAAUUACA